UGAAUUGUGAACAAAGAACAACCUAGGCAGAGGAGCGCUAGUGCGGCGGCGCCGGCGGAUAAACUCCGAUACUCAUUCCGUGCGGCGGGUGCUGCUGUGCUGCAGAUGGAGGCCACAGCCGACGCCGGCGAACACGUCGUCGGCAGCGGCGUCCUGGAAGACCAGCAGCCUCCGACGACGCUGGUGGACUGGGCGCUGCGGAUCCUCUCCACGGCCGACCCGGACGAGAAGGCCCGCCUGGGGGACCUCGCCGCGUCGCUGUGGCUGCGCGGCGAUAUCCCGCUCCCCUACGACCCGUCCCGCCCCGCGCGCCCGCCGCCCGAGCGCCCCGCCCGGAGCGCCGAGGUGCGGCUGCUCCCGCCGUCGCGGAUGCCGAAGCUUGGCAAGGGCGGCAGCGCGCAGAGUCGGCUUGCGAUGCUGCACUCGCUGGCGCACACCGAGAGCUGGGCCGUCGACCUCUCCUGGGACAUCGUCGCCCGCUUCGGCGCGCAGAUGCGGAUGCCGCGGGGCUUCUUCGACGACUUCGCGCGCGUCGCGCAGGACGAGGGCCGCCACUACACGGUGCUCUCCGCGCGGCUGAGGGAGCUGGGCUCGCGCUACGGCGCGCUCCCGGCUCACGACGGGCUCUGGGACUCGGCGAUGCGCACCGCGCACUGCCUGCUCGCGCGCCUCGCCGUCGAGCACUGCGUCCACGAGGCUAGGGGAUUAGAUGUCCUUCCAACAACCAUAUCAAGAUUCCGCGCAGGUGGGGAUGAACAGACAGCAAAACUGCUAGAAGAUAUUAUUUAUCCUGAAGAAGUAACACAUUGCGCUGCUGGUGUUAGAUGGUUCAGAUUCCUGUGCCUGAGGCCCUACAUUGAUGAUCCGAUAUCAUAUUCAGUUCCUCAAUCUGAACCUCAUUCUCCUGGGCUGCCAGGAGAUGGUACUGCUGAUGAUGAGGCAGUUCAGGAGGUGAGAGAUGAACCAACAUCGGUUCAGCAGGUAGAAGAUGAACUGAUGACCCAACAGGUUGAAUGUGGCUUGGCACAGUGCAAACUAGGCGACCGCGUAGAUAAAGAUGAAGCAGCAGUCAUUCAGACUUUCCAUAGGAUUGUUAGAGAAUAUUUCAGGGGACCCCUAAAGCCCCCUUUCAAUACGGAAGCGAGGAAAGCCGCUGGUUUUGAGCCUGCCUGGUAUGAACCCCUGGCAGUGAAGGAGGUACAUGUUGAGGGAGAUACAGACAACUGAAUGAUGCAUUGUGGUGUUUUUCUAGUAUUUGUGCUAUGUUGUAGCAGGCUAGAAGGCACAUAGAUACGUUGGCGACCUUUGUGAUCGUUUUGUUUACCACAGACAUACUUACUGAUCUGGAAUAUUACAAAUCAAGCUGAAGAAUAUUUUGCAGCAACUUGUUCCAUUAAGUGAA